AUGAGUCAUCAGAAUCGAUUUGUUGAAUUACCAGAAGAUCUACAAAGUAAAAUCUUCUUGAGGUUGUCGGUAAAGUGUGUAUUAAUCUGUAAAUGUGUGUGUAAAUCAUUUUGUACCAUCAUCGGAAGCCCUGAUUUCAUAAAUGCUCAUCUUAGUUUCCCUAGGCCCAUCACCACUGAAACUUCGCAAUCACUAUUAUUAGGGUUCAUUGACAUCAGUAGAAUCCCAUUCGUUCAAGGUCAUAAUAGUCUCUUAUCAAUUGAUGAUGACAGAGAGAUUCUUAGUUCAUCCCCCUUGAAUCCUACAAUUCCAUAUGUUGGUGCAUUGUCUCUUGUUGGUUCUUGUAAUGGUUUGAUAUGUUUUGAUGUUCGCAACGGUGAUUUUACUUCAGAAAGUAACUUUUUGUUGUGGAAUCCUGUUACUAGACAAACUAGAUAUCUCCCAAGAUUUGAGAAUCGUCGUAAAUGUGAUUUUCCUAUUACUGAAUUUGGUUUUAUAAGGGAAACUAAUGAAUAUAUGGUUGUCAAUGUUUCAAAAGAUCGUGAUGCUCAAGAUAUUGACAUUGAAUUGUACAAGAUGAGUACAAAUUCAUGGUCGAUUAAUCACAAUACAACUGUUGGACGAUUGAUUCCCUUUUUUGGCCGAGGAUUUGCUAUAAAUCAUGGGAAAACUUCUGUAUAUUCCAAUGGGUGUCUCCAUUGGGGUACCAUCUACAGUAGGGGAGCCUAUAUUUUGUCCUUUAACCUUAAAAAUGAGGAGCUAGAGAUGAUCAAGGCUGUGGAUCAUAAUAGAGAUUCAUAUUUCAAUUGCUGGACACUUGCAGUGGUAAAUGAAGAUUUAGCCAUGAUUUAUUGGAAAUUUACGGGUGAAUUUGAAUUAUGGGUUAUGACUGAUUAUGGGGUUGAAAGUUCUUGGGGUUUAAAGUUUAGUUUUGGGCCCUGCUCUAGUCUAUAUCCAUUGGGAUACUGGGAAUAUGAUUUGAUGAUAGUACUUUUGGAAAGUGAUUAUUGUUUAUUAGAUCUUAAUAAUGGAGAACCUGAGAGAAUCAUAAAUAUGAGUUCUUGCAGCAUAGGAAGAUUUUGUAGCUUUGAAGAAUCCCUUGCUCCAGUAAGGUAUGCAAAUGUUCUUUAUCCUAGCUAA